CUUUUCCUCUCUCUGUUUCUCUCUGUGUUUCGUAACUUGGACUCAUUUCUCUCUCUCCUCUCGCCUCUUCCCUCUUGCCGUCCUUCGUCCACCGCUUCUUCCACCACCGACCGUUCGUUCUGCUAGCAUCCUCACAUCCGUCGUCCAUCUCCGGCUCCUCUUCUCUCUCAUUCUUCCUCUGCAGAUUUGUUUCUACUUCUCUCCCCUCUGAGGGGCGAUUUUUCUAACCUUGUGGGGUUUUUCGUGGCGUCAAGAUAUUCGGAGGUCGUGGUGGUAGAUGGAGAACUCGAAGAACAGCAGUGCGGCCGAGAAGGGCAGCAAGGGAGAACCCGCCCCAGAAGCGGAGGAUGUGUCAGACGCUUCUGCCGGCUCGAACUCGCCGGCGCCGGAGCCUCCCCAACAGCAGCCAGCCAGGAGGCCGUUCACCAGCCUCAGCCAGAUCGAUUCCGAUCUCGCCCUAGCUCGGACUCUGCAGGAACAGGAACGGGCGUAUAUGAUGUUGAGGAUGGCUGGAGGGGGAAGUGAAUAUGAGAGUUCCUUGAGUGGAAGCUACGUCUACGAGGACGACGUGGAUCAUCUGCAUGAGAUUGAGAAUGGCGAUGUGGGGAGCGAUGUAGAAGGAGAUGGCCAUGAGGAUGUGAAUGAUGGGACUAGGGCCUUUGUGGACGAAGAAGGGGAAGAAGAAGGUGAUGCUUAUGAUGACGAAAACAAUGAUGACGUGUUUGAUGUGCACGCCCGCGAGGAGAUUGAUCCAUCUGCGUUUGAAAGUGAUGAGGCAUAUGCAAGGGCCCUUCAGGACGCCGAGGUGGCCGUUCAGAUGAUGGCCUUCGCUGGUAUCAACGAGUGGGAAUCUGAAGAUGGCGAUGAGAAUGGCAGCAACUCUCAGGAUACAUGGCAAGAGGUUGAUCCAGAUGAACUGUCAUAUGAGGAGUUGAUUGCGCUGGGUGAAGUAGUGGGAACUGAAAGCAGAGGCCUUUCUGCAGAUGUAAUUGCUUCAUUGCCUUGUUCUAGUUAUAAACAAACAGACUCACGUAAUGGUACCUCUGAACAGUGCGUGAUAUGCCGUUUAGAUUAUGAAGAAGGCGAUGGUAUCAUUGUUCUUUCAUGCAAGCACACAUACCAUUCUGAGUGUAUACACAAUUGGCUUCAAAUAAACAAGGUCUGUCCAGUUUGCAGCGCUGAGGUUUCAACUUCCACAACUCAGCAGGAGCAGUGACUUCAAAAUUUUUCUUUAUUUUUACAUACUCGCUGUGUCCUCCUCCGGUUGGCACAUGGAGCUAUGCCAACUCGUUAUGGCUUUUAGCUUUCCCAAAAGACCAACCUGUUCUAAAUAUCUGUACCGCAUGCAUCUGGACAAAUGGUUAAAAGCUCUCUCGCUCUCUCUCUUUUUCUCUCCUCCAGCAAUGUUGGUAAAAUAUUCAUUCUGCAACAGCAAUAAAAUGCGUUAUGUCAAUGGUGGAGAGUCCCCUGGCCAUACAAAAAUGUUUGUCCCGUGUUUCAGCCACAAACCAUAUUUGCCUUAUGUGGCUGAAUCCAUUGAUUCUCUUUUCAGUUUCUUUUGCAGAUUUUAGCUUUUAGACCCAAGCCUGUUUCAUCUUGUGCCAGGGACGCAGAAGCCUGAUUGUUGUAUGUACUACGAUGUUCAACCCCUGUACUGCUUCUGCUUGGCUUCGCGGCCUAUUUUAUGCGCUGUAACAAGCUUUGUUACGAUCAAUUGGUACACUAGUGGCUAUUUUUUGUUUUCAA